ACUUUCGGUUUAAGCAAAAUCCCAAAUUCUCCCUUUUCACCUUCCAUUCUCCCAAUAAAAUUCACGCUUUCUUCCAUUGUUUUUCGCUCCGGAGACACGGUGGUGGUGAUCGCCGGCGACGGAGAAGACAAAGGAGUUACCAUGGGGCAACAGUCGUUGAUCUACAGUUUUGUUGCGAGAGGGACGGUGAUCCUUGCUGAAUACACGGAAUUCACCGGCAAUUUCACCAAUAUCGCUGCUCAGUGUCUCCAGAAACUUCCUGCUACCAAUAACAAGUUUACAUACUCUUGCGAUGGUCAUACGUUUAACUAUCUCGUUGAAGAUGGAUUUACAUACUGUGUGGUUGCUGUCGAAGCAAUUGGUCGUCAGAUUCCGAUUGCUUUUCUCGAGCGAAUCAAGGACGAAUUUACCAAGAAAUACAGUGGAGGGAAAGCUGCAACUGCUGUUGCCAAUAGUCUCAAUAAGGAAUUUGGUUCCAAGCUGAAGGAGCAGAUGCAGCAUUGUGUGGACCAUCCCGAAGAGAUCAGCAAGCUAUCAAAGGUGAAAGCCCAAGUUUCAGAAGUCAAAGGUGUGAUGAUGGAAAACAUUGAGAAGGUUCUUGACCGUGGAGAGAAGAUCGAGCUUCUGGUUGAUAAAACGGAGAACCUUCACUCUCAAGCACAAGGUUUUAGGACAGCGGGAACACAGUUGAGAAGGAAGAUGUGGUUUCAGAAUAUGAAGAUAAAACUGAUAGUUUUAGGAAUCUUGAUUGCACUCAUCCUCAUCAUAGUUGUAGCUGCUUGUGGUGGCUUUAAAUGUGGCAAGUGAAGUUUAUGUUUUGUUUUUGGUUGACCCAUAUAUUGUGAGUGAGACGUGGCUUCUGCCUUUUAAAGUAUUUUUGAUACAUAUAUACAUAUAUAUAUAUAUAUGUAUAUGUACAUGUACAUGUGUGUAUAUUUGUAUUAGGAAACCGUUCGAUUCCAGAUGCCCUGUGUUUUCUCUUUGGCCAAUUCUUCAGG